CCUUCGCCGGCUACUCCAAAGAGUCCAAAUCCUCAGGCUCCCAUAUCCAGCUCCAGUCUCCUUCUACCUUAUGGCGAAGCGAUUGCUCGACGUGGACGAGACCCCCAGCUCUCCGCCGAAGAGGACGCAACGGACACAUGAUGAGAACCGGGAGAGGGCUUACAUCGCCGCCUCACGGAGAACCGACCGAACCCUCGAGGAUAGGAUGGACUCUGCCUACAAAGCGUCAGCCUUGCACAAGCGCCGCACGGGGAAAGGUUUUAAGCUGUCCGAAGAAAUCGUCAAGAACCAGGAGAUGUACGAAGAGGACGACGACGAGCUGCCGCGACGCUCCUUCGCCUUUCGUCAAUCCAGAUCCAUGUCCGUAUCAUCGGGCGCGACUCGCCAUCCAAGUACCAACGCUUCAUUAGAGGAGUUGGCCGCGGCCAAGCUUGCCGAACAAGCCGAAGUCGAGCGCAUCUUUGACCAGCAGUUUCCGGGCUACUCUGCCUGCCUGCGGUCGAGACACUUCAGCCAUCCUUUCAUCUUUCCAUCUACUCAAGGCAAUUGGGCACCCCCGCAACCCCAGCCUCAGCCGCCCGUCUUUGCGGAUGCGUCGUCCGCACCCCAGGGUCCGCCGCUUUACCCUUCAUCACAUUCUGUGCCGCCGGUGAGCGCGGACGAGCCGGUGUCACCACUGAUUCUUUCCAGCAGUCCCGAGCCUGAUACCCCCCACACAGCCACUCCAUCACCACGGCCGCCCUUGAGCCUACACACCGCAACCUCCUCAUGCCCAACGAUUCCCCUUCAGACUUACGGCCUCGAUACGGCGCCUUUGAGAGGGGGAAAGUACACUUCUUCCAUCAGCGGCUUGGGCGGCGACGACGUUGAGCUGAUGAUGAGCAACACCAACACCAGCCUGAAAAACAUUGACCCGAGCCUCAUCGGUGUUUUUGAGGACAACGGCAACAUCCCAACAGAAAUUAGCGACGAUCUGCUCUUUAGUACAUCCGACCCUUCUUCGUUCAUGCCGCCCGCCUAUUCGUCCGCUUCCUUUGCGUUCUUGGGCCAGGACUUGGCCUCCUUCGAGGAACCGUCCUCAGCUACGACGGCUGAUUCCUCUACCUCGUCGCCCCGAUCGUCGUCGUCCCACGGUGACCCAUCCACGCCCCUUACGCCGGUCGAGGCCGGAAGCGGCUACGGCCAGCACCUCAAGACGGUGCUGGAGGAUGAUUCUUGGAAGGAUUUCUUGUCAACGGAAGGCGAAAAUGUCCUAUGCUGAGUUCAUUUUCUUGCUUCGGGGUUCCUAGGUCAUGGGUUGCUUGCUAAGCAUGUGAGUUAUUGCGAGGCGUUCUAAAACGGAUUAUUGGGGUUUGGGAGUCAUAGGGAGGCCGGACUGCGUUUCUCUUGUGUUGUACGGGUUUCUGGCGCGGUAGCUUUGAACGGGUGAACCUGCAGCUGAAAGCAUGACCAAAACGAACAGAAAGACACGGAGUCUGAGCUAUGGAAGAAAGGAGAUUAUGACUAUGUACUGUACCAAGCGCGUUAGUUCCGGAUGUAAAAACAUUGUAAAAUAAAGUGUAAAAUAG